AUGCUCUAUAAUGUUACCGAACAAAUAAUCCCAAUGUUGAACAACAGUAUCCACCGCCAACCUAGGUUUGGGUAUAUUCCCCUCUUUGGUCUGCUUCUAGCCAACGUCCUGUCUAAUAGUGUUUUGGCUAAGUAUGCUCCACUUGGUGCUUUACGUCUUAGUUACGAACCUUUACCAUGGCUUCACAAGCCCACGCAUUACCAAAACGCUCACGAAAGUUACCACUACUGGCAUCCAGUUGGCAAUUCGUAUGGACCUGCUCCGAUCAGUUCAUCAGAAACAGCCAAUCAGCACAUCCAUCAUCACCAUCAAUUUCCUGGUACUACUCAGCAGCAGAUAGUUAAUAUACACGAAAGACCGACGGAAAUAAUAAUUGGAGAUACGGAUACUGAAGCUACCGAUCAAACUGAAACUAGCUCUCCACUUGUAAUUAUUGAAGAGAAACAUGAUAUACCAUUAUUUAAAAAUAGUUUGGAGAAACCAGAGGAAAAAAACCUAACUCCUGAGUCCCGAUCGCUCCCGUCAGCACUUUUAGCUUUCUUAGCGAAUGCAACAACUCCAUCAACCAAAAAAGUUAAAAGAGGCACAGGAAAAUAUACGAAAACAAGAAAAAAUAACAAAUAUAUUUCACAGAAAAAGAGAAGACCUACCACUACAUCUGAUUAUUACUACGACAGUUACGAGGAUACUACAACAACCAGACGUUACCAACCAAAAAAGAAAACACAGCAAAGAAGACCUCUGGUCGAUUCUUACGAAGAGAGCGAAAGCAGUAUAAGCCAAAGUUAUAGUGAUUUAAGCGAAAACAGCCAAGAAUAUGAGUAUGACUCUUACGAACUAACUACUAAACCGCACAAAAAAAGAAGGCGCACUACCACUACUAGGCAUACCACCAACAGGCCUAAGAGAAUAAAAGACAAGUACAAAUUCGGUAAACAUCAAACAAAUCCCUCAUUUCAAGAUGAUGUCGAAUACGAUACUGAAAGAAUCAAUCCGACUACUACAACAGAAUCUUUAAAGAUACGUCACCAGGAAUUGCUUUUGAGACAGCAAGAACAUCUCCAACGGCAGCAAGAAGCGUUGUUAAGACAGCAGGAAUUUUUGCAAAGACAGCAGCAGACUGAUACGACCACCGAAUCAACUGAGUCUACAUCAACAACAACUGCAAUUCCUACUGUGGUAACUGUAGGAAAUCUUUCAAUGCCCAACAACGUUACAAAUACUACAGGAUAUGGAUAUGGUCCUUCCCAUGGUUAUGAAAGUAUUAGCAUAACAUAUAGUCCUACAGGAGGUGGAUCCGGAGUAGUAGGUGCGCCAGGAGUAUCAGGAGUAUCAGGAGGUGGUUUCUCGCCAUCAUUUUCUGCUCCAAACCCAUCUUAUGGUGCUCCAACCUAUAAACCACCUAUUCCAUCAUAUGGUCCACCGAGCCCAUCAUAUGGUCCACCGAGUCCUUCAUAUGGUCCUCCAAGUUCAUCGUAUGGCCCUCCAAGUAGUGCUUAUGGGGUUCCAAGUACUGGAUCUGGAGGAUAUAGCCAGCAGAAUGCCAAUGGAUAUUACCAGUUACCCUUUAACGAUUGGUAUAGUAAUGAAGUUAGCAGGAAUUCAAUUGUUAAGAAGGUGCAUGAUAUAAUAGGUUUUGAAAAUGUUUUCCACUAG